AUGGAAAAUCAUAUACCUCAUCGCAUUAAAUCAUCAUAUACUAUAUUUCAAAAAAAGACAGUAGUUGAGUUUGCAAAAUUUCAUGGAAGAAAUGAGGCUAGUUGUCAGUUCAACUUAGAACCAACAAUGAUUGGUAGGUGGAUUAAAGCUUGUGAAAAAUGGGAUAAAUCUGUAAAAAAUAAAACUAAGGCAUUAGUAUUUGCUGUUACUUAUUAUAAUAUUUCAAAUCAAAUGCAAAAAAUUUUAAAUGAGCCACAUUUCAAAUUUAUAUACCCAGAAGCUAGUGGUUCCUUUAAAUAUUCCAAAAGCUGGUUACUUGGAUUUUUAAGACAUAAAAACCUUUCUUUACAAAGACAAACUAAAAUAUCUCAAAAGUUACCUGAGCAACUCCAUCAUCAACUAAAUUCAUUUAAUAAAUAUAUAAUUAAAAAAAGGUUGGAAUUUAAUUAUGAACUUUACAAUAUAUAUAAUAUGGAUGAAACUCCAGUAUAUUUUGAUAUGUCAAGAGGAUUAACUAUCAGUCAAAAAGGUGAAAAAACAGUACAUAUUAAGUGUACUGGUAAUGAAAAAAAUAGAUUUACUGUGGUUUUAACCUGUGCGGGAGAUGGAUCAAAAUUGAAGCCAAUAUGUAUUUUUAAAGGAAAAAAAUUACUGCAAGGUCAAACAAUUCCUGAUGGAGUUGUAGUUUGGUUUCAAGAGAAAGGUUGGAUGAAUUCUGAACUCAUGGAAAAAUAUAUAGAUAUGUUAAUUGAAGACAGAGUUAAUAAAAGAAUUGAUAAGGAACCUGCAUUAAUGGUUUAUGAUUCUUUUUCUGGACACCUAAAAGAAACUGUUAAACAAAAAUUUGAGGCAAACUAUUUUAAUUUAGCUGUUAUUCCAGGUGGGUAUACAAGUAUAUGCCAGCCACUUGAUGUUUCAAUCAAUAAACCAUUCAAAGAACAUUUAAAAAAAGAAUGGGAUGAAUGGAUGCGUAAUGGAGGCAAUGGUGUUACUGCAGGUGGUUAUUUACAUCAUGCAAGUAUUAGUGAUGUUUGCAAAUGGGUUAAAAAUGCUUGGGACAGUAUUUCUUCUGAACUUAUAUUAAAUUCAUUUAAAAAAUGUAAGAUAACAAAUCCUAUUGAUGAAUUAGAAGAUAAUAAUGUUUAUGAAUUACUUGAUGAAGUAUUUGUGGAAGAUAAAGAAAAUACUGAGAAUAAUAUGUCUUAUGAUAUUUAUUAUAGUGAUGAUUUAGAAAUAAUUUGA